GACCCCUGGCUAUUUCUAGGCGCGCGUCGGCGGGUCUGCGCUUUCGGAUCUCCGCGCGCUCCUGUCCCGGCUGGCUACCUAGCUCCUGCCUAGGCCCCCGCCAGCAUGAGUCCGUGGUCCAGUUUGCCACUGGCCGCGCUGCUGCUGUUAUUUUCCGGGGUAUGCACCGUGAUCGGCGACACACCUGCCAACUGCACUUAUCCCGAGCUCUUGGGCACCUGGGUCUUCCAGGUGGGCCCCACUGGCUCUCAGCGCGACACCAACUGCUCGGUUAUGGGACGACCAGAAAAAAAAGUAGUUGUGCACCUGAAGAAGUUGGAUACAGCAUAUGAUGACCUUGGCAAUUCUGGCCAUUUCACCAUCAUUUAUAACCAAGGCUUUGAGAUUGUGUUGAAAGACUACAAGUGGUUUGCCUUCUUCAAGGAUGUCACAGAUUUUAUCAGUCAGUUGUUCAUGCAGCUGGGAACUGUGGGAAUGUAUGAUUUGCCACAUCUGAGGAACAAACUGGUUAUUAAAUAGAACACUCGUUGAGGAGCUCUUUUAAACCCACAGCCAAGAACAAAGUUUGGUGCUAAAAGACAGAACAGCCUGCUGCAGUGGACUCUAGCAGCUACAGUCCUUUCUGGAAUCUGUUGGCAUGUAAAAUGCAGAGGAGUCCUGCUGACCUACCUCCAAGUCCCCUGCCCUCCUGAACAUUUCCUUGGAGAGUGGUGACCGCCGUUUUGGAAUGUGAACAGCCAGCGACUGUGCAGGAGCAGGACAGAAAGGCUGGAAGAGAUGAAGUCUGGUGCCUUCGGCCCAUGCGCAGCGUUUUUAUGAAUGAUGUGAAACUUUUUUUUUUUUAUCUCCCUUGGAUAUCCUUCUUUUGAAAUGAGUUUUUCAGACUGGAUAGGAGUUGAACUUUGUGUUUUGUUUUAUUCACAUUUGAGUUAUCUUCUGAGCGCUCUCCUUGCCUGUAAUUACCUUGAGAAAUUCCAGAAACUAUUGGAAGGAGAACAUAUUGCUUUGGGCUUUUUAGAUAAAAGUUAUGCAUUGGAAGAUGGUCCUGUGGAGGGCAUCUUUAAAUGAAGGGGGGAGGGGACAGGCCGGGAAAGCAGCUUGCUUGGAUAAACCAGGUUGUUGAGGGUAGCCUUUGCAUGACCUGGCAUAUUUCUGGCCUGAGAUUUCGAUGGUGUCAUUAAUACUUAAAAGAAAAAAAAACAAUCUUAGAUGUCACCCUCAAGCCAAGAACUUGCCAUUGUAUUGGUUUUUUAAAACCCUAGAAAGUAGGUAUGAUUAGCUUAUGGCUAUGGAAAAAUGAAACAUUAGUCUCUUAGAGUACUUAAGUUCACACAGCCUCUGACUGAAAUGCUAGAGAGCUUGUCUUACCAGCAUGAAGACUUCGCUGCAGUUAAAGAGGGAAAGGAAGGCCACUUCACAGACUAGUCGAAGGAAUGUGGUGUCACACGGGGUAGAGUUUUCUGGCAAAGUCCGAUCCAUCUCUAGUGUGAGUAUUGGCUCGAUAGGCUGGGAUAUCUGUUUCCCUGGCUCUUGUUGACACUAGAAAGAAGGACUGGCUUGAAGCUAGAGCUUCAUUAUCUGAAACUAAUGAAGAAAUACUGACUUUCUUGCUUAAACCAGGGUUCUUUUAUUCAAAACAGAUGCUUUCUCAUUCCCUUUGUAAUCUCAAAAAAUGGGAGGGGGUGGGGUUUAAAACUUCAAGAUUAAUGCCCUUGCCAAAAUGAGUGACUCUUAAUUAAGUGACUGCUCACACUGGUUACUAACAUCUGGCUCUUUCUUGCUAAACGGUAGAUUCUUUGUCUUCCUAACUUGGUUUAAAGAUGGUUUACAUCAUUCCCAAUGAAACCUAAUCUGUGGGGCAACACCUAACACAUCCUGUCCAAAAGGACUCAUUCCUGCAUCUGUGCUGGAGUAAAACAGUCUUUCUUUAGCCAGUUGCUGGCCACUGUUAUUUCAGGUGGCAUUUUAAUGUUAUCAAGAGAGUAUUAGUCUGCUUCUAGGAAGAGAAAAUUUCCAAAAAAAAAAAAAAGAUAAAUUAACAGUAUAGCACUUGACUCUUACUUGAAUACUUUCUUUUCUUUCUCUCUCUCUUUUUUUUUUUCAUCCCACUUCUGGACCUUGAUGCCAUACCCUGUGAAUUUCCCUGGCUGUCUCCAUCAGGGGCAGACAUGCCAGCACCUGGUUCCCACUGUACUGUUUUCUCCCAGACUGAAGAGGUGUACUUCUCAUUGCACAGCUUCAGCACUCAGUGUUAUAGGUGUUUGGAGAAUAAACCACACAUCUCCUUGCUUUUCACAAAUAGUGCAGGUUUGCAAGUAAUUCGUUUUGUGCAGUUCUAGAAACACAAAUCAGGAAUGUUGCUGUUUUACAUGUUUGACUCUUUGUUCUAAAAAAAAAAAAUACUACCUGGUUACUUGUUGCCAGAGCUCAGAAAGAAUUGUAUAUUUUCAAAAUGUAAAUACUGCUGUCAUAUCACCCAGUAUUUUUAAGGAUGUAUUGUAUAUGUAAUUUGGAAGGGUACUGAAUAUCUUUUGUUUGUUUGUCUGAGUAAUUUUGCAACAAAAUGUUUUUAUUAUACAAGACAAAAAUUUUGUGGGUAGAGCCCCACAAUAAAAUAGUGCACAACAUCCCAAUAUUUCCAGUUUCCUGAUUGUCUUCUGCUCUGAUCUCUAACUCCCAAAGGACAGGGCUCAACCCAUGUUCCAGGGUUCUGCCUGGGCAGCACAAUGCAUGACAUAAAAACCUUCAAUAAAUAUUUGUAUAAGAAAGGAAAUUGACUAAUAUAUCAUUGUGUUAUUUUAUUGCUUUUUUAGGAGGAUGUUGUUAACUUUGUGGUCUUAGAUGAUAUGGUGAACCUACGGGUCAUAUUUGUGAAUUAAUUUAAUGGGAAAGAGGUCAGGCUUUUAAAUUUUGUUCAAUUUAUUUAUUUAUAUGUGUUCUAUUAUUUGAUUGAGCCCAUAGAGGCCCAGAUGGCGCUCAAAAUUUAGAAAGUUGUAAUUUUCAGGACUACUGGGUGCUAAUUGGCUGUCAGAAGGAUCGGAAAGCUCUGGGACUGCAGAGUUUCCCAAAGCCUGGAGAACAGCUGGGAAGUGUGGCUUGCUGUAGGCUGUAGUAUACAUAGUAAGCUAGUUAGAAUCGUGGGUUAAGGAGAUGGUCAGAUGAACUCUCACAAUUUCUUGUCAUUUCACAAUUGAAGAGUUUGUGAGUGAGUGGGGAAUCAGGCCAAAGCCUGGCUAUUUUACUGAGUAGUAAACUGUUGCUCAAUGGAUUUUUGAAUGUAUAGGAGUAUUUUGUUACAAACUGAAUUUGUUUUCAGCACUAGUAAUAUACAAAUCUAUAUUCUCUCAUUUUUACAUGAACUCUAAUAGCCAAUUGUUUACUCAGUAAAGACCUGAAAGUUAUUGGUGAAAUCACUGGAACAAUUUCCUGGCUGUUUUAUAGUUCUUUGAAAUUUCACUUUUAAAAUAAAUGUUUCAGCCUAGAUAUUAAGCAGAAAAGUAGAACUAAUUCUUGAAAUUGACAUAGAAAGUUGGUUUCUUUUGAAGGAAAGAUACAAUGCCCUUGGAUGGAUUUUAUGCAAAAGCAGUUUAGUGAAAUGUGCCUGUUCUCUUGUUGCCAUUUAAAUGACUUUUGCUCUCACUGUAAACUUUACAGCAAAUGAAAACAGUUAAUUUGCAUUUAUAUAAACAAAUGCAUAAAUGGAAUGAUGUUCUUUUUCAGUUUAGUUGGAAUGUAAUAUCUCCAUGCAUAAACUAAUAAUUGAAUCAUCUCGCAUCAUGCUAGGGACUCUUCUAAAAUGGUAAAUUAUUACAAUGGAUUAGAUUAAGAUGACCGAAAUUUUCAUCAAAUAUUCUGUAGUAUUUUUGUAUACCUAUAUCAAAUUAUAUACAAGUAUUGCUGCUUGUUUUGAAACAUUAAAUGCAUUACAUAUUUGAGUUUGAUUCACAAAAUUGUACCCUAUCAAAAUAUAUUUCAUGUUAAUA